CUGGACAACAUACACACGCAUUAAUCCUUACAUUCUGAUCCUUCUAGAGCGGCCCUACAUCCGCGCAUCCACCUACGUAGAUUCGACUUGGCAUCAGCAGGAGCAGGGUGGGGUCGACAGCAAACAAGAAGAGUUAUUCCCACUCCCAGACAAUGACGAUCUGGUACUUGCUCGCCGAUGUGUAUCGCCUCUUCUUUCCCCUUUGAUUUUACACAGAUCGCCCACUCAGAUUCUAGAUACAAAUGGCGUGACGGCCUUGGCGAUGUCCGCCCCGUUGCUGAAAUCUCAGCAGCAUAUCUGACGGGAAUGUGAACACGGCGGUCUGGCCCGCAUAUCGCGUAGCAAGCACAUUCCCCCCGCCGAUAAUAAAAAAAUAGCCUGCAUACAUGCAAUGCACCCAGGCGCACACAGUCCUUCCACAUCCACACAUGACAUACGAAUAUAUCUGCGUGCGUGCAUGCAUGCAUACAUACAUGGUUGCAUGCGUAUACAUUCCUCCCCAAGGAUUCCUGAAUCCGGCCCGUCACAACUGCAAGAUACUGCAAUGCAGUCUUUCGUAUCUGUACGUCAAGCGAUGUCUCGUAUUCGUUGGACUUUUUUUCCCUCCUCGUAUCGUCCGAAAUUUCGUUAUUUCCUCCUCUGGAGAUCUUUCCUUUUCGACUGGAGAAGUGCGAAAGGGGGGACGGACGGUCGGGCGUAGUUGUAGAUGGCCAUUCUAGAAGUGAUGACUCGGCAGCGGAAGCUGCCUUCUGCAGACUCUGGAAUCUUUUUUGCUCCCGUUUCGGUAGAUGUAUUGUCGGUCGGGGCAGUGUCAUCCGCUUUUGCGAAAGACGUUGCAUGACGGGACGGGACGGGAGGACAAGUCGUUGGUGGGGGUCAGACCGUGACCGACUUUCUUUUUCCCAUCACUUACUUCCUAUCUUCUGCAUCGUCACUGCCAAGUCUGAUGCGGCGAGGUUUCAGCGUUGGGUGCCUGAGAAAAUUUGAGUCUUAUACAGUAUCUUAGUUGGGUAACUGCUGAAGUAAGCGCUGUUACUUUCUCUUAAGCGGAGGUAGAGCCCGUUCCGUACCUUGCGUCGGCUACAUGGUUUCAUUUUCCUCUCACUACGCGUUGGUUUUUCCAUCAAUCGAGUAUAUUGCUAGGAUCAGCUAGCUGAAACACACUGAGGACCCCUGUCUUAUUUUUUGCCUUUCUCUCUCUGUCUCUCUGCGCCAUAAUUCGAGUAGGAAUUCUAUCAAUUGAGCGAAUAUGCAUCUACAACAAAAAGGGAGGUUGAAUUAAGAGUUCACUCCUCUGACUAUCCAUUCAUCCAUUCCACUUCCCCAUUUCACACACCUUCCAGACCUUCCCCACUCCUCAAAACCACUGCAAAACCACGUAGAGAUUGAAUUGUGCGUGUGAUGUUUCUGUUCGCGCAAAAGCAUCAAAAGCCAUCCAGGAACCGCUCAACACCACCACAUGGAACGAACAAACACACACAACCCUUGGUCCGGCCGCGACAGCUCAACAACAACUCUUUGAGUGAAACUGUCUUUUUUUGUUGCCUGCUCAUUGUACAAAUACUCCACUCCGCCUUUGAAUUGUUAGAAACACCUCAACUUCC